AUGCCUCCAAGAAGGAGUACUCGCAGCACGAGAGAAAAUCCUGAAAGCCAAACACCUGAUAUAGCGCGGUUGAUAGCUCAGCAAAUUCGGGAGGCAGUACCAACUAUUGUCGCUCAGGUUACAGCGGGCAUUAAUGCAAGUCAAAGGAGUGAGGGAAGCCCUAACACCGAGAAUCCCGUCAGGGAGGAGAACUGUAACACCAAUGAUAGAGGAUGCAGUUACAAGACAUUCAUGUCCUGCAAGACCAAGGAGUUUCAUGGUAAAGAAGGUGCAAUUGGAUUACUAUCAUGGAUUGAGAGCAUGAAGUCGGUACUCCAUAUUAGCAAGUGUUCCGAGGACUGUAAGGUGAAGUAUGCAACAUGCCAACUCCAAGGAAGAGCCCUAACUUGGUGGAACAUUCAAGUUCAAACCCGUGGUCGCCAAGCUGCCUAUGAGUUAUCAUGGGAAGAACUCAAAAAUUUGCUCAUCGAAGAGUAUUGUUCUAAKAGCGAAAUUCAAAAAUUGGAAGUUGAAUUCUGGAAUCACACCAUGAUUGGAAUGGAGGUGGACAAAUACACAGCUCAUUUUCAUGAGCUUGCCAAAUUAGUACCUCAUAUGGUCACUCUAGAGGAGAAACGAAUUGAUCGGUACAUCUGGGGUUUGGCACCUGAAAUCCGAGGGAUGGUCACUUCGGCAAACCCAACCAAUAUACAAAACGCAGUGGUGUUGGCAAAUCGUCUGACAAAUGAUGCAGAUAGAUCAGGGAUUUUAAAGCAAGACAAAUUUGGUGGAAAGAGGAAACUAGAGGGGCAAUCGUGGAAAAGGACCAACAACGAUUUAGGCAAAAACCAAAAAGUGAUAAGAAACUUUGGGGCUCAGUCUCAAAUAGGAGAAAAGGGCAAGGGAACUUACCGUAAAUGUGGCAAGUGCAAUUAUCACCAUAGCAAGAGAUGCAUUAUUUGUUUCAAAUGCAAUAAAAGAGGUCAUUUCGCUAAAGAUUGCAAGAUCAGAGAGAAUCAAUCAUGCCAUAAGUGUGGAAGCCCGAAUCACUUCAGGAAUGCAUGCCCGAAAUUGAAUCUAGUGUCAGCUACUAACCCAACACGACCAAUCAAUCAAGGAAAUCAAGGAGGCCAAGCACGAGGUCGAGCAUUUACAAUUGGAGUGGAAGAAGCCAGGCAAGACUCAAAUGUGAUCACAG